CCAGCCCUGUUGAUGCAGUCGUUAGAGUUGUAGCACAAUUUCAUCCAUGGCCAUUCUUGGCGCACAGUCGCUUCUUGCAUGCCCGUCGACUAGGUGUGGAGGAAAUAUAGCCAGCACCAUGGCCUACUGCAGCGUGACCAGCACGCAAGAACGAUUCGCAAGCUGUUUGUCAAAUUUUCAGAUACAUGAUUUGUUGGUACUGAAGAAAUCGAUGGAGCUAAUGGGCCACGCAGAAAGCCACGAGACAAACGUUGACGAGGCCCUCGCUGGCUGUAGUGAGACGAGUGAUGGACCCCAGCGAAUGGCUUUGAUGGCUGCCGAUCGGAGCGAUCGUGGCACAUCGGCCAUUGGCUCCUCGCAUCCAUGGCAAAGUGAUCAUGUUGCCAGUUGGGUUGAAGAGAAGCCAUCCAAGCUGCAGACCUUGUUUCAAAUCAGCAUCACUGCUCUGGCCUUUCUCUCCUUUGGCGGCUAUCUGUUGUGCCUCAUUGUGCAGGCAAUCAAAAGCAAAGGUACAACCUACUUCCACCCGGUUGCAACAGCUACUACAACGAAUACAAAUGGGAGUGUGAAGCGUAUUAAGAUCUAUAGGCGCAGUAGACGCCGCCGCAGCAUCCACAAUGCUCACAUUCACAUGUCGAACUUGCUCUUGGGUGACUAUGCGAUAUACAAUAACUCCGUGCAUGAUCAACAAUUGGCCUAUGGU